UAUACUUUCUGUGUUGGUUCGUCAUAUGUUGUAUUAUUUCUAUUAAGGGAUUUAAACUGCGAAUCAAAGAACACGGAUGGAGGUGAAGUGAUGUUUGAGAAUAUGUGUGGGGUUGCCAUUCCCUUUUGGUUACCCAUAGAUUUCAAUAUUUCCAUGUGGAAAUAUUUCUUAAUUUUCUGCAAUGCAUACAAUCUAGGGUACAUAUUACCAAAAGGAGCAAGUGUGACAAUUCUUUAUUAUGGAUUUCUUGUUUUUGCUGUGGAUAGGAUUGACUUCCUUAUAUCGAUCUUCGAAGAACUGAAUCCACGAAUGGAAGAGAAAAAAGCAAGGGAGAAGUUCAAAUUUUGUGUUGAGUACUAUACAGAAAUAGCGAGGUUGGUUGACGAUAUCAACGAUACUGUCGGAGUUAUUUUUGCUCCAAUGCAAAACGGUUUGGUUUCCAUUAUCAUUGCUGUUUUGGAAUAUCAAGCAUUGAUGGGGAAGGGUGCUAUUGCCUUUUUUCCAUUGAGUUUAUGGCUUAUACUUCAGGCAGUAGCUUGCAGAUGUGGACAAACAUUGGAGGACGCAAGUACACGUUUGAGGAGCAAAGUGUAUGGGAUGCCUUGGUACCAAAUGAAGAUUUCUUUCCAGAAAGAUUUCCGAAUAUUUCAUGCACAAGUCCAGAAAGGUUUUCAUUUGAAAAUGAAACCGUCAAUUUUCAUGAACAUGGAAUACUACUAUCAGUUCAUGAAUGGAUCGUAUUCAAUCCUGAUGUUUCUAGUGAAUAUGGAAAGAAAAAAUAUGAAAUAAAAUUACCUAAUCUUAUGACUUAUAUAAUAAUAUAAAACUGGAAGGAGGAAUUUUUCAAACGCAUAUACACCUACUUAGCUAGUUGACGUU